GUUGACACAGCUUUCUCGCAGGCUUCUCUUAUUUCUGCAGUGUUCAUAACGUGUGAAAGAUUUUACGCCAUACGUUGGCCGUUUAAGCAUCGAACAUUAUCGACACAAGCAUACCGCAUAGCUAUUUUCCUAGUGUGGGUACUAGCUUUCCUUAUUUCCGCAAUCUGGACCGGUUCAAACCUACUAUUUUCUUACAAGCACACUAUGUUAAUUUGGGGGCCAUACACUUUGUUUUUCAUUUUAAUCACAUGUGGCUGUAACAUUGGUAUUUGGAAAAAGUUUCAAACUGAAAGAGUCGCCGCUUCACAUCAAGAAAGUCGAGACUUACAAAACAAGCGCUUAACAAAGACUUUGUUAAUUGUAUCUGGCCUUACUUUACUCGCUUGGCUGCCGCUAGUUUUGUUAAACUUACUCAUGUAUGUAUGGUUUUUCCAUGUACCAAAACGAUUUUAUCAUGCAGUAAACCUUUUCAACUACUUCAACUCUUUUGUCAAUCCAAUUUUUUACGCAUUAAGAAUUGCUGAGUUUCGACGAGCACUGGCUCUAUGUUGUACAGGAAGACAUGUGCAAGCAGCUGUAAACACAGAGCUUUCUAAAAGAAGGAAAGAGAGGCACGGAACGACCGCUGAGUUUAGUCGUGAAGUGGCUUUCGAACAGGAUGUUAUGGAUACUGAGUUUAGUCGUGAAGUGGCUUUCGAACAGA